UCUCUCUAAAGUUGUCUUUCUUUGCCCUCCUUCUUCCCAGCCUAGCCCUGCAACGGCCCUCGUCGCUACUACCUGACUCUCCUCCUUGGGAAAUCCUGGUCGCUCCAUCUCAGUGGGGAAAGGGAAGAAAGAAAGGGAAGGAAAAAAAAGGGAAAAAAGGUAGUGUGGACUGUGUGUGGUUACAGUGGUAGAAGUGAGGUAGACAACACCAACCAACCAACGCGUCGGUCGGGAUUGGCCGACUCUCACGACCUCCACUCUCUUCACUUUAUCGAGGUACGACUGGGUCGGUGCUUGACGGAGUGGACGUGUGGACACGCGGGCCUCCCGACGACUGUUGCCAUCAUCUUUCAACUCAGGUUGACGUGCCGGCGCGCGCGCCCCCUUCUCCCGCAUCCAUCUUUCCCAAAUCCUCUCUCCCACCACCUGUCUCCAAACCCAACUCUGGUGGCCGCCCGUCUCCCAACCAAUCCAUCGAUCGCAUCGCCAUGGCUUCUUCUCCAGACUGGCUCGAGGUGGGCAUGCCCACCCUCGACCGACCCUUUGGCGUCGCCUUAUGGCCCAUUUUCGCAAAGGCUUUCACCGCCGUCAAGGGAUACACCCCCGAGGAGUUCCGCUUCAUUCCGGGCAAGACGCCCAUGGCUAGCAUGGCCGAAACGGCCAUCUCGCUCAUCUCCUACUACAUCAUCAUAUUUGGUGGCCGCGAGUUGAUGAAGGAUCGCCAACCCUUCAAGCUGAGCCUGUUCUUCAAGAUUCACAACUUCUAUUUGACCGCCAUCAGUGGCACCCUGUUAUUGCUCUUCCUCGAGCAGUUGAUUCCCACCAUCACCCGCAAUGGUGUCUUUUACGCCAUCUGCCAUUACAAUGGAGGCUGGACCCAGCCAUUGGUCGUCCUAUACUACCUCAACUACCUGACCAAGUACCUCGAGUUGAUCGACACCUGCUUCCUCUUCCUCAAGAAGAAGCCGCUCACCUUCCUCCAUACCUACCACCACGGCGCCACCGCUCUCCUCUGCUACACCCAACUCCUCGGCCACACCGCGGUGUCGUGGGUCCCCAUUACGCUGAACCUCAUGGUACACGUCGUCAUGUACUGGUACUACUUCCAGUCGGCGCGCGGCAUCAAGAUCUGGUGGAAAAAGUACAUCACGAUGCUGCAAAUCAUCCAGUUCGUGAUUGAUCUCGGCUUCGUCUACUUUGCCUCAUACACGUACUUUAGUGCGAGAUACUUCCCAUGGCUUCCCACCGCGGGCAUGUGCGCGGGUGAGGAGUUUGCCGCAUUCGCUGGCAUGGGCAUUCUCAGCUCGUACCUCGUCCUCUUCAUUGGAUUCUACAUUUCCACCUACAAGAAGCCGAUCAAGAAGGGUAGAGCCCGCGCGACGAGCGCUCUCGUGGAGAUGAAGGAUGAGCAGAUUCCCGACAUCAACCAAGUGAGGAGAAGGAUGAGCGGCAGUGCGCAGAACAUGAAUGGAUACUCGACCGGCAAAGACACUGCUGCAUCUCCCAAUGCGCGAGUCACUCGCUCACGAAAGGCGUAGGAGGCCGCCGUUUGGGACGAUGCGGAGGAGCGGGCAACUCCAGGGGACUGGCCAUGGGUCUGGUUCAGACGGAUGGUGAAGAAGACGAGCGCGAGAAGUGGCAGUCCAGGUGGCUGGUCUCAAGAAUUUCGUGUAGAUUCCUAGGGCGGUGCUUGCACAACUGGCGUAUGAAGGAUUUUUGGGAGAAAUGUGGCGCAUCGCAAAAGCACGUCGGGCAUGAUUGUACAGAGCAGUGGAGAGGGAGAGGAAAAAGAGAGGAAGAGAGAGGAAAAAGAAUGGGAUAGAGAGGCGGAGAGGCAGACGGAGAGAGAGAGAGGGAGAGAGAGACAGAGAUGAAAAAAAAAGAAGCCCUCAAACUGUACGAUACGAAUCCUUGAUGCCUCAUGUAUUACAGGUAAAUGUAUGCAGAGAUGCACAGUAGUAGAUACGUAUAAAAAAUCAAAGACAUAAU